AUGGGCCUGAGUUGUGGAGCACGAGUACUAAAGUUUUGUUUAUUCGUUUUUAACCUGGUAUUCUUGGUAAGGACUUUUACAUUUUUUUGUUUAGGUACUGUUACUAGGUGCCGACAUAAAGAACCCGCCAUUUUUUACAGGAAAUUACAGGAAAAGUAUGGCGGGUUCUUUAUGGCGGCACCUAAUAUUAGGUGAUUGCGAAAUUAUCCCGCCAAUUUUUGUUUUUACCAAAAUUUAAUAUUAAAAAAAACAACAACAACUAAUUAACAAAUAUAUGUGUCAUUAUUAUCAACAACCUGUUGCCAUCCCUUCGGCAGCAUUUGGAUUCAACUUCUGUAGAAACCUGGAGUAUUAGAAUUGAAAAAGUUAGUUCACUAUCGGUUGAGGUCGUCUCGGUUGUCAAAGCGUAUUGCAUUCAGAUGGUUUUGAAAAAAGUGGAACAUAUUAUAAUCUGAAGGCACAACAUCGGUGGAGUACAGCGCAUGUGGCAUCUCAGUCCAGCCGCAACUUUUCAGCUUGUGUUGGGUCAAAAUUGUCACAUAGGCGCGAGCAUUGUCAUGAAUGAAGAAGACCCGGUCUUUUUUACCAUGAAAUGCAGCGGCAACAGAUUUAAUUUGUCUACAGUAGACAUCCACAGGGAUCGUAGUUUUAUGUGAUACCAUUUCCCAGUACACAAUACUUGUUGAGUUCCAGCUAACGCUGGUCACCUCCUCCAGUUGGUGAAGACUAGGUUUUGGAGUUGACCCACCCUUUUCUCCACGUCCAAACCAUUGUUUCUUCUUAGUGUGAUUAACAUACAGUACCCACUCCUCGUCCCCAGUAACCAAAUUGUCAAGUCAUGCAAAGGUCCUUGGGAACAUCAACAAAUAAGGGCAACUUCCACUUAGCGUUUCAGCUGGUCGCUGUUGAAAUCAUGUGGAACCUCUUGGCCAUAUUUGCAUGAUCUUCCAAGGGUCUGAAGUCUAAUUAAUAUGGAAGAAGGAUUACAUUGAACCUCUACAGUCCAAUGAGUAAUAGUUCGUCUGGGGUCUUCUUCGAUCAGCUUCAGAAGGUGGGGUUUCUUCAACGCUGAUGGUCUACCAUAUCGAACUUUUCGGACAUGUCAAAGUCACAGUUUUUGAACAUGUGAAGCCAAACUUUUGUGGUGUCGUAAGAGACAACUGAAGACCCUACAGCACUGCAUAUUUCCUUCGUCGCUCUUGUUGCGUUGCCGUUCUCACGGAAGUUGCGAAGUAACAUUGCUCUAACAUGACCAUGUUUUACCUUGAUUUCUUGAACCACCGUAAACAACAGAAUGCUUGAACAUGCAAUAUUUUUUAGUGCUUGGACAUCUCUUUAUAUAGGUUGACAACAGAAAUUUCUAGAACAAUCCAAAAUUUUUAAAAAAAUUUUUGAAAAAUUGGCGGGGUAAUUUCGCAAUCACCUAAUAUUAGGUUAAAUCACAAGUAGCGGGACACUUUUUUAUCGAAAAUUUUGGUACAGCCUAAUAUAACAGCUUUGAAGGUGGGAGCCAGGCCUUUUUUCAGCCUGGGGCCUCCGCUGUACUUCUUUUAGAAUUUUUAAAGUUUUAAAACUCAAAAACAAGUUAAUGUUUCAGUUCUGUGGCAUAGCCUGUCUCCUCCUUGGAGUAUGGCUAGUGAUGGAUCAAUAUGCUGUAGAAUCCCUGGCUUCAGCCGCGUUAAAAGCUCCAGGAAUUAAGGACGAUGCUCUAAUGGAGUUGGCCACAAAACCAACGGCAGUACGACAGAUUGGCUAUGCCUUACUGUUCGUGGGCUGUGUGGUACUAAUAGUCGCUUUCUUGGGAUGCUGUGGAGCGGCCAAGGAGUGGAGGCCAUUGCUUUGUUGUGUAAGGGUUUAUCUUGAUGUUUCUAGUGUUUUAUGAGAUUUGGAAUUUUAUACGAUGAAACAUGCUUUUUGAAUUUUUUGAAAAUGGAGACUUUUUAUACGAUGAAAAGUGUUUUUUUUUGUUAAAAAUUUUUUAAAAAUUAACAAGGAAAGUAUCCUACCUGCCCCGCUUAGAAUCAGCUCAAAAUUUUUAUAUGAAUUCUUUGUACCACCAAUAGUACCCAUAAAAAAUUUUAGCUCGCGCUUUUGAGUUUUAAAUUUAAAUUAUUUCGGUUUCCCGCCAAUUUGGCAAAUUUGGCAUUGUGUUUCAAGCACUUUUUUCGGCUUUCCAGACAAGAUAUGCUUACAAAUUUAAAAAUGUAGGUUCAUUUAAAGGUUAUCUACCAGUACAUCAAAGAAAAACUAUUAAAAGUCAAAAAAUGACAAAGUUACAAGCUUGAAACACAAUGCCAAAUUGGCGGGAAAUUCAAAAUGUCAUUUUUUAAUCUCGAUUUUCUCGAGAUUUCCUGGAAAGCGCGAUUUAGUAUUUUCCUGAACAUCUUAUAUUUAUAUCAUCUUUCUAUAUAAAAAUUUUGAAGUCAAUCAGAGCGGGGCAGGUCGGGCACUUUCCUUGUAAGAUUUUUUUCAGUACGCCACCUUGUUAAUGGCAAUAUUGGCCAUUGAGAUAACUGCCGCCAUUUAUGCUGCCAUGCAUUCACAUAUGGUAGGUCUCCGUGUCUUAACUUUCUUUAUAUUAACCAUUUUUUAAAACUUUUUGAAAUAUUUUUUUAAUUUUAAAAAUUUAAUUUUUGUACAUUAUGGUAUAAAGAAUUAAAUUAUAAUAUUCAUUUUCGUAUUUUACAGUUCCAAAAAGAUUUCCGACAACUACUAAAAGCAUCACUAAAAAUGUAUAAUGGUACCGAAACAGUAACCGCGAAUGGAGGUGGACCUACCGUUCACAGCGAUGACUUAUUGGUCAAAUUGGCUUGGGACAAGUUCAUGAUUGAGGUAGGGGCAUAAUAAUGAUUUUUUUUGUAAUUGGAAUACUGUAAGAAAAAGAAAGGUGGAUGGGUAGAGUAAGUCAGGGUAAGGUAUAGCAAUUUAUAGGUUGAUUUAGGAAUAUGGUAGGGGGUAGGGAUCAAGGUAAGGGAGAAUAGAGUAGGGUAGUUUAUACUAGGGUACGGUAAGGUAAAGUAGAGCAACCUAGGGUAGCAUACGGAAAGGGAGAGUGAAGUAGAGUAUAUUAGCGUAGGGUAUGUUGUGGGACGGUAUGAUAAAUUAAAGUAGGGUACGGUAGGGUAGAAGAAGAUAAAACAGGAUAAGAUAAAAGGCACGUUAGAGCAGAUCUAUUACAAGAGAGUUUUACUAAACACAGGCUAGGAUUAUGUUAAAUACAACAUACACAGUGACAGCUACAUAAUUUUAGAAAAAAUGUUGUGGAGUAGAUUCGCGGCGGGGUGAUUUCGCCCAAAGCGGCUGGUUCCAACAGACCGGUCGAUUACACGAAUUUCCUCCAUCUUGUUGCCCGCCUAGGGCUAAUGGUAACCUUAUGCCCUACUGUCCAACGAUUUCACGCUAUGGAGAGGUAGGUAACAUGCUUUUUCUUAUCGUACUCUACAGUACAGCUAUUACUAUCGUACACUAUGGUACGGCUAUUAUUAUCGCACACUAUGGUGCAGUUAUUAUUAUUGUACUCUAUAGUACAGUUUUUUCUGGUUUUAGUUUUUAUUAGGUUGUUCAAAUAAUUCUGUGCCCCUCCCCAUUAGAAAUUCAAGAAAUUUGGGGUUAGAGAGCACAGAAUUAUUUCAACAACUUCAUAAAGGUCCAUUUUUGUUGCUUGUUGUUGUUCUAACUGCGCCCUAUGUUUUCGCAGGCAGCAGGCUAGCUCUGAGGUCUAUUUUCAGCAGUUAUCGUCGUAUCUUAUUUUAAUGUGAAUCAAGCUUCAUAAUAUUAUAUCAGAGUAAACAAAAUUUCAUUAUCAUGUUAUUGUGAACCAAGCUUCAUGACCUUAUAUUACUGUGAACCAAGGUUCAUUAUCUUAUGUUUGUGUGAACCAAGCUUCAAUGUAUGCCAUUUUUAGGGCUGCUACGCCAAGAUGCGUGAAUCAGUGAUGGAGCUGACAAACAGCUUUAAAAUUGUAAUGUGGACGGCUUUAGUGAUAUCAUUGAUCCAAAUAUUCGGUAUUUUUGUGGCUUUCUGCUUGUGUAAUGCCAUCUCCGUGGACGAGUAUUACUAUUGA